UGUAACUGUUUGCGAGUGUGUAUAAAAUGAGAAAUUGGCGACUAAUUUUAAAGUCUAAGGAAAAGUUUUUCAUAAAUAUUUAGUGUUUUACAUGUUUCUUUGGACAUAUCUGCAAUUAUGACAGAUCCUGGUCUGACCACCUCUACGGCCCGCACAUUUCGCUGGGAGAGGGAGCGAAGACACACAGAGCUGGUGAUAGUCCCUAGGGACGAGUGGGGAGGGCCUCCACUCCUGGAGUGUGAAUACUUCGAGAAACCGUUCCUCUCGAACCCCGUGCCUCACAUCAUCUUGUCCUACACGGAGACAGAUGUCCUCUUCAGUCCAGAGGAAUGUAAGGAGAAGCUGUACCAGAUGCAUCUGGACGCUGUAGAAAGAGGACUGUGGACUGUUCCUUUCAACUUUGUAGUCGGUGGUGAUGGCACCGUGUACGAAUGCAGGGGCUGGAAAAGAAAGCCUGAACGAAGCAGAGUUUUCCCAGCUUUGUGGGGAGAAAGUAUGGAAAUAGCUCACUUUGGGAGAAAGGGUAAACCACCAUCGAUAAAUCAAAUCAACGGUUCCUGGCUUUUAACUUUGUUUGGAAUGUCAAAGAAAUAUAUCACACACAAGUCUAUGCCCGACCGACAUCCUUUAUUUGUAUAGUGUAUUGCUAGAAAAUGUGUGUCAAGUCGUGUAAUUAUACCCUAAGCUUUAUGUAUAUAAUGUUAAACUUGUGUUAUUGUAAUAAACAUUUGAAACUGUUUGCUUUACUA